UGAACCACCAGCAGUUUAUGCUGCCAUUUUGCAUCUGCGUAUCACUGGGAACGAAGGCAGCAAGGAUGACUAAGGGGAGGCCAAGAGCAGGGAGACAUAGAGCAGCCUGUGGGCCACUUUUCUGGCCCCAAAGGACACUCUCCUUCCCCUAAAAUUCCUACUGCUCCAAAUUUGACCAUUUCGGAGCAAUAUUAGCCAAUGUUCACCCCCAGAAACCACACAGAAAGUCAUGUGAAAAAAAUGCAGAAAUACUCUCCUUCCUCCGCAAACACACAGAACCCCAUUGUUGUUGUUGUGCUGGUUGCUGUUGUGUUGGUUGUUGUGUGCCCUGAAGUAGUUUCUGACUUAGGUUGGUCCUAAUAAGAAGCUACUAUGGGGUUUUCUUAGCAAGUUUUGUUCAGAGGUUUGUCACUGCCUUCCUCUGGGGCUGAGAAAGUGGGACUUGACCAAGUGGGUUUCCAUGGCUGAGCAGGGUCUCCAGAGUCUUACUCAGUGCUCAAACCACUACACCACACUGGUUCUCCAGAACCCCAUGCUAUCCCCAAAUAUGACGUCACGUCCUGAUACCAUUUUGAGGGGCAGCAGAAGGAUAGAGGGGCACGUGGGCUUGCUGUGGGGGUACAUGGCCUUUGUGGGGUCUGUGGGGAGGAGAGUAGGCCCUUGGCGCCCAUUGAGUUGAGCAUAUGUCAGCAAUCUAUAGCUCCCAAGACACUGUAGACCUCCAGCCCCUUUCAGCCCCAGCCAACAAGGCCAAUGGUCCAGGAUCAUGAGAGUUGCAGUUCAGCAACAUCUGGAGGAUCAGAGAGUUCCCUCCCCUGCUCUUGGGCUCUGGGUUCAAAUCUGUACUGAAUUCUUUGAAGUUCAGCAAGUGGUACAAGCAGGAAAUCUCUUGCAGGAAGCCUUCUUCAUGCAAGGCAUGUGCUCUCCCAUUGAGCCAUUCCCGCUACACUUCCCUGAAUCAUGGCUGUCAUUCCUGAUGCUAGGCUUCAUGCGCCAAGAAGGAACUCCAGGCAAAAUCCCGCUUCCUCUUCACACCAACAUGGCACAGAUUCGGAAUGGUUGAGAGGAGGGCUCUUGUCCUUUCUCCAGGGCAACUCAUCUUGCGCAGGUGGAUCUGGCUCACUUCUAGCUUCAGGAGAUUAUCAGGCGUGGGAAAGAAUGUCCCAUCCUUUUCCCAUACUUAUGGCACGAUCACGAGACGAUUUUCAUACAACGUCAUCUUAUCCUGUCAGUCCCCAGUCAUUAAACUGCGAUGGACCAUGAAUGUGCAAAAGACUUUCAAAUUAUGUCACACUGAUCCUGUCAUUGUCCUGUCAGUGAAGUGGAAUUGUCCCAUUCUUGCCCUGCAUUUUUUAUUCACGGAAGAACGUGUUAAUGCAAUUCCACUUCGAUGACAGUUUAAUGUCAGGAUCAGCACAAAUGUAUGAAUGUCUUUCAUGCAAUCUCUGUCCCGGAUGGGAUAAGGACAGGUUUUGCUUUUGUCCCCCAUCUCAUAAUCUCCUGCAUGAGAUGGGGCUAGUCGACACAUACAUGUAUUGUGCGUAUUUCAGCGGAUUUUUGCACAUCGGUAUCAAUGCUUAAUUGUCAGCAUGUGCAAACCAUGGGGGGGUUGCCCAUGUUGCCAUCACCCACCUUUGAACUUAUGGCUUCCAGCACAAAUUUGUAUGUAUUCACCCUCCUUCUGCCAAAAAUGCACAACUGUGCAAAUCCAUGCAAAGGGAAUGGAAAGCCAUAUGUUCAGUAAUGCGUAUCCUUGAAGAUGCACCAGUAAAAACUGCAAAUACUUUUUCAGUUCAGUUUUAUGGAGGGUUUUUUUGGGGGGGGGGGUGAGGGGAAACGCAAAAAGCCCAAACUCCUCUGAAUUGUGUGUAUUGGGAUUGCAUUCUAAUAGAAUGAAAAGGGGUUCUAAUCAUAUCGACAAAACUAUGGGCCAAUGCUCAUUCCUCUUCUCUGGCUGCCAUCUGUCAGGUGUCAUCAUGUCCAACGGCGAGCGCUGGGUCCAGAUCCGGCGCUUCUCCCUCAUGACCAUGAGGAACUUUGGGAUGGGAAAGAAAAGCAUUGAGGAACGGAUUCAAGAAGAGGCAGAGUACCUGGUGAAGGAGCUCAGGGACAGAAAAGGUCUGCCCUUCACCCCAGCCACCCUUUUCAGCAGUGCUACGGGGAACGUCAUCAGCCACAUCCUCUUUGGAGAGCGAUUUGACUACCAGGGCAAGGACUUUGUCCGCAUCCUCCGCCUGCUGAGAGAUGGCUUCCGACAUGAGAGCUCCAUUGCUGGGCAGCUCUACAACAUCAUCCCAGGGAUCAUGGACUAUUUGCCUGGCGCUCACCAAAGGCUUUUCGAAGAUACGUUGGCAGUCAAGGAGUUCAUAGCCCAGCAAAUCAAGGAUCACGAGAAAAUCUUUGACCCCUCAAAUACUCCCCGGGACUUCAUAGAUGCCUUCCUCCUCAAAAUGGAGCAGGAGAAGACCAACCCCACGACUGAAUUUACUAAGGACAAUCUGAUCAUGACCGUCCUCGAUUUAUACUUUGCUGGGACAGAAACCUCCAGUACCACCCUGAGAUACAUAUGCAUGCUUCUGCUUGAACACCCAGCAGUGGAAGCAAAGAUCCACGAGGAAAUCGACCGAGUGAUCGGCCGGGAACGUCCCCCCGCCAUGAAGGACCGUCCUGGGAUGCCCUACACAGAAGCUGUCAUCCACGAAGCCCAGAGGUUUCUCGAUCUCGUCCCCAUGGGGAUCUUCCGAAUGGCAAAGAGGGACGUGCAACUAGAAGGCUUUACCGUCGCAAAGGGGUCUACCAUUGUGGUGAUGCUGUCCUCUGCCCUGCAUGAAGGAAAGCAAUUUAAAAAUCCACUUCGUUUUGACCCCGAACAUUUCCUGGAUGAAAAGGGAGAUUUCAAGAAGAACGGAGCCGACAUGCCUUUCUCCGCAGGAAGAGGAACUGCUUGGGAAGGACUGGCCGGAUGGGAGCUCUUCCUAUACUCACACAUCUGCAGAGCUUCCUGCCACUGUGCCUUUCUCCUUGUGGCUGAAGGUCAAACGCAGGCCUGGAUUCUGCCAGCCAAGACAGGGCUAGUUGGCGCUGGUGGUGGCUCUGUGUCAGUGGCUCAGCGAAUCCACUCUAGGUCGUAA